AUGGCAGCCAGCCUCCCCCAGAGCUACAACACCCUCGCCCUCCCAACCCUCCAGCUCUCCCACCACCCAUCGUCCUCCCCCUCCGUCACCCCCGUCAUCAUCAUCAAGCUCCACCGCCCGCAGGCCCGCAACGCCUUCACAGCCGAAAUGGCCACCUCGCUCAUCUCCGCCUUCGACCUCCUGUCCGCCGACCCGCGCGUCAAGGCCAUCGUCCUCACCUCCUCCGACCCGUCCAACAAGUUCUUCUGCGCGGGCAUGGACUUCAACGCCGGCGGCGGCGGACCGUCCGGCACGUCCCCCGACACGCACCGCGACGAGGGCGGCCAGGUCAGCCUCGCCAUGUACCGCUGCGCGAAGCCCGUCAUCGCCGCCAUCAACGGCUCCGCCGUCGGCGUCGGCAUCACAAUGACGCUCCCCGCCAGCAUCCGCAUCGCCUCCAGGGACGCCAAGGUCGGCUUCGUCUUCGCCCGCCGCGGCUUCUGCCUCGAGGCCUGCUCCAGCUUCUUCCUGCCGCGCCUCGUCGGCGCCGCCCGCGCCCUGCACCUCGCCACCACGGGUGCCGUCUACCCGGCCGGCCACGGGCUCCUCGACGGGCUCUUCAGCGACGUCGUCGACGACGCCGCCAAGGUGCUCCCCACGGCGCUCGGCAUCGCAGAGGACAUUGCCGCCAACGUGAGCAUGGUGUCGGCCGCGGUGAUGAAGAAUCAAAUCUUCCGCACGCCGGCGUCGCCCGAGGAGGCCCAUCUCGUGGAGAGCAAGAUGUUCUACUCCCUCGUCAGGAGCAAGGACGCCAAGGAGGGCAUCGAGAGCUUUUUGCAAAAGAGGAAGCCCGAGUUUAAGGAUACCAUUGACGACGAUGCGCCGCCGGGGUAUCCCUGGUGGACGCCCGUGGACGUGAGGCCAAAGGCGAAGAUUUGA